AUGGUGACCGGCAAGUCGCAGCCAGGCGUCGAGCCAGUUCAGCUCCCUGCCACCUCCCCUGACCCGACCGGCUCCAACUCCCCGCCUUCCAAGCGAGAUUUGGCCUCCUGGUGGAGGCAGUUCAAACGAAAUACACGGAAAGAUGAAGUUAAAGAACAACCCCGAGGCAUCUUUGGCGUGCCACUCAAUGUCAGCAUCAAAUACGCGAACGUGGCCAUCUCGCUGACCGGCGAACAUGGCAAAAGCCACAUCUAUGGAUACGUACCCAUCGUCGUGGCCAAGUGCGGCGUGUUCCUGAAGGACCGAGCCACCGAUGUAGAGGGCAUCUUCCGCUUAAACGGGUCUGCCAAGCGCAUUAAAGAUCUGCAAGAGAUCUUUGAUUCCCCCGAGCGUUACGGUAAAGGCCUCGAUUGGUCUGGAUACACCGUCCACGAUGCCGCCAACGUCCUGCGUCGAUAUUUGAACCAGUUGCCCGAGCCAAUCGUUCCUCUAGAGUUCUACGAGCGCUUCCGCGAACCCUUGCGCAUCUAUCAGAGACAAGUCCAAGAUGAAAAAGAAGGCGUCGAGGCCGAGAAAUUCGAUCCCGGCAAGGCUGUUGAAACCUACCAGCGCCUGAUCGUCGAGCUCCCGCCGUUGAAUAAGCAGCUGCUUCUCUAUAUCCUGGAUCUCCUCGCCGUCUUUGCAUCCAAGUCGGACCAGAACCGCAUGACUUCAGCCAACCUUUCGGCUAUCUUCCAACCCGGCAUGUUGUCUCACCCGCAACACGAUAUGUCGCCAGAGGAGUACAAGUUGAGUCAGGAUGUGUUGAUUUUCCUCAUUGAGAACCAAGACCACUUUUUGGUCGGAAUGAGCGGCACUACUCCCGAUGAGCAACAAGUUAAAGAGGUUGAAGCUGGCCUUCAACCUGCCCCAUCUGCCAAGGAAGUUGAAGGCGGCGUAGUACCUCGUCCAUCAAAUACCUCAAACAUUCGGCGAUCUGUCUCAAAUGCAAGCGGUGGCAAUGAUAGUCACCGCAAGAUCGACAUUCGCAGAAAUGUCUCCGUGUCGUCUCGCAACUCCCGCAAUUCCCGUCACUCAAACAACGCUCCUAGCCCCGGUACGCCCACAUCAACCUCGGGUGGUGGUGUUCAUCGAAGCAACACCCUUCCCUCCAAGAUGGGCCCCGUUGUGGCGUCGGCCCGCUUUGCGCGCGCUGGGGAAAGCGGCUCUGGUAACCCGUCUGGCCUGUCGAUUUCCCAUCACAGCUCUCGGUCUGGAAGCCGAGCCCCUUCUUUGCGUGAAGAGUCUGAGCCAAAAAAGCCUAGCACUGCCCCGUCGGGGGCUCCUACUGGAAGCGCCUUUGUGCAUACAUCAACUCAUGGCCCUAUACCGGUCGCAACAGCUGAGCAGCUUAACAUCGUCGAGCGUACUCUGCCACAAGACAACCACGUUGCGCAAAAUCCCCCGCAAAAUCCCGCACCAGCAACUGUACCACCACAGAGCAUUCAACUGCAAGGCGUAUCCAGCCCUGCGUCUCCACCACCUCCUCAGGUUGUCACUCCGACCCGUGAGCGAAAGUUGUCUAACCUCUUUACCAAAUCUCCACCGCCCGAAGGAGAGGCCCGGCAGCCUAACCGUCUCAGGAAGAAGCGUAUCCCAGGUAGUGCAAGCAUCAGUGCGCAGAGCUCAACCAACUCUCUCGACCCACACUGGGACACGUCCUUGGAGCCGAACUCGCAGCGAAAGUCCGUCGACGGUGUGGUAGGAGACACUACCCCGAAACCUCCUAACACCGCGACGCUGAGCAACCGUGAUGCACCCUCUGAAUCAACUCCCACACUGGGCGAUAGCUCUUCGCAUCCUAAUACCGAGAAUUCCUUAAGACCACAUCAGUCGCGUACGCCGUCAAUGAACUCUCGGUCGUCCUUCACGGAUCAUUCAGAUCUGGACCAGCCGGAGGAUGGCUCGCGCUCUGAACGUCGAGAUAAACGACGCAGCUGGCGGUUCCAUCGCUCGGCGAAACGCAGCAGUGAGCAGAUCGGACUUGGUCUCGCCUCUCCUCCAUUAGUUGCCACAGAUUUUGGUGCCGAGAAAAGUACCACCUCCUUUGGUAGCGGAUCGCAUCAGAGCAAUGAUCCUACCAGUCAGCCUUUGAGUUUGGAUGCAGGCAUCCAGGGCAACUCAAUUCCAAAUGCUGAACCGGAGAAGAGAAGCCUAUUCGGCAAAUUCAAGGCGAAGAUGGCUCAAGUAGUGAAGGAUGAACGUGAACGAGCAAAGAGUCCCAACCAGCUAGACACCGAUCUAUCCACCGCAAAUCAACCACUGUCCCCCGGCCUUCCCAGCCAGGCAAAUGGCAAGCUGCCCGUCGAUGUGUCUAUCGACCAGCCUAAGGAGGAGCCCAUUCGCUCACCUGUUUCUCCCCUACCCGGAGCAGGCCUUCCUCCUGCCAUUCCCGAGGAGCCAAACAGCCCCGAGGCACCAUCAGCGACUGCCGAGGAGUUCAAAAAACAGCUUGAAUCCGAGAAAACACCUGCUACUGAAGGCACAUCAAUACCAGCGGAGGCCCCUGCUGUCGCUGAACCAUCGAAGGAAGUAACUCCCACCGACAAAGAAACAUCCGCAUGA